GAGGUUAUUAAAUGGAUGGAUUCCGCCUCCGGUCUAACAGUGUUUGUUUUUGUAUUUGUAUUGUGAAUAUAAUUAAAAAGUUUUAAUAUCUUAAUAAUGUCUGUAAAGAGACCUGUAUCAUGGUUUUUAACUGAUCAAGGCAGAAAGUUUUCAUUUUCAGUAAUAACUGGCACCAGUCUCGCCCUUACAGCAGCAAGAUUUACUCCACAUACAUUUUUCCUGCAUAAAUACAAAGACUUUGUUCAUUAUUAUAAUGAGGGAAAACCAGUAGAACUACCAAGUGACUUACAUAAUAUAUACCAGAAAUGUUUAGAUCUUCUGAGCAUAUCAGAAACACAUAGAAAACUUAUUGAGCCCUUUAGUGUAUUUGGUUUUGAUCUUUUUCAUGCUGGUAGCACCAGUUCAAGAUUUGGUGCGCUAGUUGGAAUUCCUGUAAAUUUUUCAUACAAGAUAUUAGAAGAUGUUGAAAAGCAAAAUGUCCAGGUCAAUCAAAAGAACAUUGAUUUGAAAUCAGAAAUUGGAAACAAGUUAGGUGAAGCCCUUAUCUUGCCUGAUAAAGUCAAAGAAUUUGCAAUAUGCAGAGAAAUACUUAUGACUCAAAACAAUAAAGUGAUGUUUGAGUCUUCAUACCCAUUUGCAUGCCUUUUUCUUGCAUAUAACUUGUCUCAACAUUUUAAUAGAAGGCUUAAUUUGUAUACAGCUCCACAAGCUAUGAGAGGUGUUUUAUAUACUAUUGUUGGUUUCUUUAGUUUAGGCACUUAUUUUCUUAUGAAAGAUAUGACGGAAGUCUACUACGAAACAUCAGUUGACAAGAAAUUGUGUGAACUGGGCCCAGAUUACAUUGAAAGUGGCAUAACCUUCUAUGAUAAACUAUUACAACGGAAUCAAGCCUUAAGGGAGUUGAUGGGCAAGGAGGGUGAAAAAAAAUACACUAUAAAUGGCAACGAAAAUUAUACUUUAAGACAACCACAUGUGGCUCUAGUUCAUAGAAAACAAUAUUUUGAACAUAGAUCAAAGCAAAAUAAUGAAGACUUUAAUGAACAUUUUGAGUGAAAAUCAAGUGUUGUAAUAUGUGGUUAAUAAUUAUGUUUUAAAUGAUUAACAUAAUAAGAUUUUAUUUAAAAAGUGAAUUAAAUU